AUGGCUGCGAGCGGCGGGCGCAGGAUGCCACAAUACGGGCAGGGAAGAGCUGCCGCACGGGGACAGCAGGGGAAGAGGAGGGUAAGGCAGGCGGACGGAAGUACCGGCGGCGGUGCAGGCCGUGCAGGAGGGUGGUGGCCCUACAUCCAGUGCGGCGGCGCGAGGACGGGAGCGCCGGACGGGCAAGGUCGCAUUCGGCUCGCCUUCUUCGCCGUCUCGCCGGUGAGCUCGGCCGCUUCGCCGGUGGACCAUGCCCGUGCCGUUGGCCCGCGCUGCAGCUCUGCUCAUCGACGCCACGGGAGCCUACGGGCCGACGCGCCGAGAAGAUUCCCGAUGCGGAAGCACGAUGGAACAGGCGGAGACCCGAUCCGAUCCAAAAUCUGA